GCCACGCGGCCUGAAUUGACACUCCACGAUACGCGCUCCACGUGGGACUUCUUCACACUUGUGUUUGACCACGACACGACAGAAACCCGCUGGAGAUCUGGUCAUCCGCGGGCGCCGCAGAGGGAGUCGAACACCGAGCUCCCUAUCCAGCCCUGCCCCUGCAAACACUUCAUCCGGCAGGACCAUCGCACGUACUGAAGAGUGCCCGACUGCCCACUGCAAUGGUUUAGGUGCUUGCUACUAAGCAUGAUCUCUUCACAGCCGUAAAGACAAAGUACGCAGGGCGCGCGGUUGCCCAAUAUGGCUGGAGCCAGCCACUGUUUUGCCGCCCGACAAUGGCUCUCUGCACGCCCGGACGCAGCUGCGAUCCUUGUCGGGGCGUCUCCAGUCGAGGUUCGUCCAGCGGGAGAUGGGCGCGGCCAAGGCCUCUUCACUACACGUGCUCUUCCAGCCUUCACUGAGAUCUUGAGCGAGGCCCCGGCCAUCCUACUUCGCCCUACCGACGACCUUCCUCAGUUGUAUGAGCAGUACAUUGCUCUGCGUGAGCCUGGAUCUGACGCGGUCCAGAUGAAGUAUAUGGCAUUGAGCUACCAUGACCUACCGGAGAGAGAUGCUCGACUACGAGAAAAGCUUGCCGAACGAGGUUUCGAUACUGGCAGCGCUGACGAAAUGGUCCGCGUAGCCAGCAUCAUGCAGAACAAUGCGUUCAAUGUCGAUCUUGGCCACGGCACUGGUGAGAACCAUCGAGCUCUGUUCCUUGACGUGGCCAGAAUCAAUCAUUCAUGUGCACCGAAUGCACACGUCUGCUUUUAUCAGCCAGAGAGGCCUGAUGGCCGUGGUCGAAUGGUCAUCCACUCUUUGCGAGAUCUGCAAGCCAACGAAGAAGUCCUCAUAGCAUAUUUUAGCAUCUUGCUCCCGACGACAGAUCGCCAGGACAAGGCAUCGAAAUGGGGGUUCCGCUGUCUGUGCUCUGCCUGUCAGCCUCAGGACGCCGCUCAUGAGCACCAAAGGAAGGCCAUCACCGACUUCACGGCUAAGCAGGCUGCUCUCAUGCAUGACGCCCGGCCAACGAUGAAGCAGAUCACAGAUUUGAUUGCUGCGGGUACAAAGCUGAUUGGCAAAGUUGAUGCAUACGGCAGACUUCGUCCUGCAAUACCUGAUUUGUACGACAAUAUCGCCAUGUUGCGUGCGAAAGGUCUGCUUGUGCAGAGGAAAGAAAAGCAGCGAGAAGGAGUCCUGGAAUUUCUCGAACAGGCCACAAUCUACGAAGCGAAAUUGACUGGCGUUGGGAGCCCUGCGACCAAAAGGAGACUACACAAGCUGGAGCAAUUCGCUGCACAGAAAGACGCAGCGGGGAGUGCCAAACUGGUAACUUCUGAGAACAAUGUAUACUCGGUGGCGUGGACGUGAAUUGUCUUCACACAGGGGAUGUCGUUUCGCCUGAAGUGAACAUCACAUCUUACGCCCCUACCAGCAACCAAAGCAUACCUAUUAACGAUUGAAAGGAUCAAUAUGCAAUGUUAAGCACGCAUAGGCAGAAUUUCGAGCCCUUUCUUGCCGUUUCAAUGCCGCUUCAAGACAUGCACUUUUCGCUGCCCCUCUUCACGAUGUCAGAAUCUUCAAGAAAGCCGAACAAAUCCUAUGGGAACGCAAGUCUGGGAGACUGAGUGGAGUCCCUUUAUCGGCGAACAGAGACGACCCCACCAGGGC